GGCAGCGGGGCAGCCGGGAGCAGCCCCCGGGGCUCCGGGGCCAUCGCCGCCGCCCCGCCUGCCCCCGGGCCCCGGCGGCGGGACGGGCACGGCGCCCCCCGGAGCCCCCGGCAGCCAGCAGCGUCCCUCCGGCACGGCGGCACCCACAGCCCGGCGUGCGGGGACCGCAGCCCAGCCUGGGCCGGAGGAGACCAACACGGGACGCGGAGAAACUCCCUCCGAAACUCGCCUCGUCCUCAUGGGCAAAGGGCGGAUGAGCCCCGCAGCCCCGCGCCGUGGGCCCCACUCUGCGGGGAGCGCCGCGGGGAGACGGGGAAAGCGCAAAGAACUUGCUGGCAAGAGCAGUGAUGGUGCCCACGCUGCGACUGCCGCUGCUGGGGCCACCGCCGUGGGUGGCAGGAGCCGGACGCUGGGUACGACACCCGGAGCAGCUCCUGGAGCGGCUGGCACCGGCCAGGAUGGGCAGGAGCAGAGAGGAGCAGCUCCUGGAGUGGCUGGCACCGGCCGGGAUGGGCAGGAGCAGAGAGGAGCAGCUCCUGGAGUGGCUGGCACCGGCCAGGACGGGCAGGAACAGAGGGGAGCAGCUCCUGGAGCAGCUGGCACCGGCCGGGAUGGGCAGGAGCAGAGGGCAGCAGCUCCUGGAACAACUGGCACCAGCCAGGAUGGACAGGAACAGAGGGGAGCAGCUCCUGGAACAACUGGCACCGGCCAGGAUGGGCAGGAGCAGAGGGCAGCAGCUCCUACAGCGGCUGGCACUGGUCAGGAUGGGCAGGAACAGAGGGCAGCAGCUCCUGGAACAACUGGCAGCAGCCAGGAUGGGCAGGAGCAGAGGGCAGCAGCUCCUACAGCGGCUGGCACUGGUCAGGAUGGGCAGGAACAGAGGGCAGCAGCUCCUGGAACAACUGGCAGCAGCCAGGAUGGGCAGGAGCAGAGGGCAGCAGCUCCUACAGCGGCUGGCACCGGCCAGGAUGGGCAGGAACAAGCAGGGAGCAGCCCGGGGAUGCACAGAGUCCUGUCCCUGGAUGCAACGCUCGCCCCGAGAGACCCCCGAGCUCCCGGCCAGUUUGGACACCCUGUUGCUGUCCCUGGUGAUAAACAAGAAGAAGCAAAAAGUAGAUGGAAAGAAGGAAACUUUAAUGUCUACCUCAGCGAUCUGAUCCCUGUGGAUCGAGCCAUCGCAGACACCAGGCCUGCCGGGUGCUCUGAGCAGCAGGUGCACGACGACCUGCCGAGCACCAGCAUCAUCAUGUGCUUUGUGGACGAGGUGUGGUCCGCCCUGCUGCGCUCCGUGCACAGCGUGCUCAGCCGCUCCCCCCCGCACCUCGUCGAGGAGAUCAUCCUGGUGGAUGACUUCAGCACCAAGGAGUACCUGAAGGAGCAGCUGGACGCGUACAUGUCGCGCUUCCCCAAGGUGAAGAUCCUGCGCCUGCGGGAGAGGCACGGUCUGAUCCGGGCCAGGCUGGCGGGAGCCGAGGUGGCCACAGGAGCUGUGCUGACGUUCCUGGACUCACACGUGGAGUGCAACGUGGGCUGGCUGGAGCCGCUGCUGGAGCGCGUCCGCCUGCGCCGCACCAAGGUGGCCUGCCCCGUCAUCGAGGUCAUCAGCGACAAGGACAUGAGUUACAUGACCGUGGACAACUUCCAGCGUGGGAUCUUUACUUGGCCAAUGAAUUUUGGAUGGAGGCAGAUUCCACAAGAGGUCAUUGAGAAAAAUAAGAUCAAGGAAACUGAUAUAAUAAGGUGCCCCGUCAUGGCAGGUGGCCUGUUCUCCAUUGACAAGGAGUAUUUUUCCGAGUUGGGAAUGUACGACCCGGGACUGGAUGUCUGGGGAGGGGAGAAUAUGGAGAUUUCCUUCAAGGUCUGGAUGUGCGGAGGAGAGAUCGAGAUAGUUCCGUGCUCCAGGGUCGGGCACAUUUUCAGGAAUGACAAUCCUUAUUCCUUCCCCAAAGACCGGGUGAGGACGGUGGAGAGGAACCUGGCCCGCGUGGCCGAGGUGUGGCUGGACGAGUACAAGGAGCUCUUCUACGGGCACGCGCUCCACCUGCUGCGCGGCGCCGUGGACGUGGGCGACCUGAGCCAGCAGAUCCAGCUGCGGCAGAGGCUGCGCUGCAAAAGCUUCCAGUGGUACCUGGAGAACGUGUACCCCGACCUGGAGGCGCCCCUGGUGAAAGCCACUGGGCUGCUCGUCAACGUGGCCCUGGCGGGGUGCAUCGCUGUGGAAGGCACCACCCUGGCUUUCGAGGAGUGCGAUGUUAACAACACGAACCAGAGCUUCAACUACACCUGGCUGAGGCUGAUCCAGCACGGGGAGCUGUGCCUGGCCCCGGCUGGCGUGGCGGGAGCCGUGGGCCUGCGCCGCUGCCAGGGCAGGAGCCGCAGCCUGGCCUGGCUGCACGGGUCGCUGGCCACCGGCCAGCCAGGGCUGACCGAGCACCUGGUGUCGGAGCAGCAGCGCCUCCCGCAGCAGCCGGCGUGCCUGGAGGUGGAUCCCGCGUUCCGAGCGCUGCGGGUGAGGGGCUGCGACCCCCGGAACCCCCACCAGAAGUGGCAGUUCGGCAGGUACCACGCGGGCUGAGGGCAGCCCGGCUGCUCGGGGCCGCCGCGGUGGCGCUGUGGCCUCAGGGGACAUCGCUGAGCCUGAGCAAGGGCAGUGCGUUUCCAGCGGGAGCUGGAAUGUGUGGUGUGAUACCUGCACGGGGAGGGAUCCGAACACCCGGAGCAGCGCGUCUGCGGGGCCUGAGCAGAGCAGCAGCAUCUUCCCUCUCGGCAGGAGACUCUGGGAAAAACUCGUUUUCUGUAUCAUUAAAUGGAAAUAUUUUUUGAAGUCCCCAUCCUCCUGUAAGCAAACAUCCCCCACCUCCCUCUGACAGCAGCAGAAGGGACAGAAACACUUCAGGGGCCUGUGAGUCUGUGAGCAAACUGGGCUGCUCGUUCCUCCACAGAAACUGGAAGUUUGUGGACCAAUGCAUCAAAAAAUCCAGCACCAUGCACCAUGUGCACACUGGAGCUGACUGCAGGAUCCCUCCCUGAGGGACGGGUUGUGUGACAGGUGAGGAAUCACUUGCACGUCCGUGAAGCCCAGAUUCUGUAGUGGGAGGAGGAUGGGGUCAGUCCCAGCUGGGGGCUGUGGGAGAGGCCUGGAGCAGCCCUUCCCUGUGCUGGGGACAGCGGGGACACGCGUGCCUUGCUUUGUUUGGUGGGGAGAGGAGCUGCUGGAGCAGGGAACCAGAGGCUGAUCCUUCUCCUUGCCAGAGGCCCACUCAGGGGCCAGCCUGCAGCUCCUGCUCCCAGGGCAGCCAGGUUGUCCCACCCCAGGGCUGCCAGGACCCCAGCCAUGUCCCCGAGCCCCUGUGGCUUUCUGGGGGCUCUCCAGGGGCCCUGCUGCUCCCCUCAGCCCAGGCUGCACGGCACAGCCAGGCUCUGCACGCCAAACUCCCUCUGGACUCACUGCCACGGGCAGGGGCUGUCUGUAGCGUGAAGCUCUUCAUCCCCAGACUGCAGCAUCAGUCAGCGAUGGAUUUGAUGGGAGAAUAAAUUCUGUGUGCCAAGGCUGUGAGAUCCAGAGUAAGCACCAGGCAGGGCUUCCACCCCUGCUCCCUCUGGGCAUUCCUGCUGUGGGACGCUGCUCCCUGUGCCCCGCGGGGCUGCAGCGGGAGGCAGCGCUCUCCUCCCGCCCCGCUGCCCUGUGCUGAGCUGCGGGGCUGCUCCAGCCCCAGCCCUUGGGUACGUGGGCUGAGCGGGGCACCCAGUGCCCACGGCGGGCACGGCCGAGCCCCCAGCCCUGCCUCACACCCCCUCCCUCUCCUCUGGCUUUGUGGAGGAGACAGCACUACCUCCGACGCGGUGGAUCAGUGCUGACAGCAUCUGACAGGCUCAGUCUGCCAAAAUAUUGACUGGCCCGAGAGAUUUCCCCGGUUGACUCCUAUUCCAGCUGUCUUCCUGAUUUUCCCUCCCUCCUUCAGCGCAGCUAGCCCGCAGUCACCAUCAGAGAAAUGACACAGACGUUGUUCGGGCAGUCAGCUCGGAUCAGGAGCAUGAAUUUCAUCAAAUUCUGCUUGCUGACAUUCAAUCACUUGUCACCGAGCGGGCAGCAGGCAGUCAUAUGUCACGGUCACAUCCCAUCGCCAGCCCUGUCACUCGCGCGCCGCUGCCCCGCUCGUGUAAAUGCUCACUUCCCUGUUGGAUCUUUGCUCGGGGACUGCAGGCUGCCUGGGGGCUGCUGGCAGUGAGCUGGGCCCUGCUGCUGCUCGGCACUGAGAGCGUUCCCACGGCACCAGUCAGCCCAGUCUUCCAGAAGCGAGAGCAUUUUUCCGGCAGGCUCGGCGUGCCGCUGCUCCCGCGCAGCCCGGGGAGCGGCAGGGCUGGGCAGCGAGCACCACGGUGGGGACACCCGUGUGCGGGCUGGGGACAGGAGGCCCUGCUGUCCCCGGUGCUGAAUUAUUAAUAAAAAAAAAAAGGAAUAAAGAUAAUGGGUGGAGCUGCUUCCUCUGAGCGCAGCGUGUUGAAUCUGAGCAGCCUGACCCUCUCGAGGGGCUCCUCCCGAGUUACUGCCAGGCUGAAAAGGCAUCGCCCCAGGAGGAGCCUUCAGCUCCCUGCUUUCCGGCCGCUUGGCUCCUCGCUCGGUGCGGGGAGCUGAGCCGCUUGCUGCAGCCACGGCUGCUGCAGGUGUCGUGCCAGGUGUCGCCUGUCACACUCCACGAGGCUCCGCCUCUCGCUCGCCUGCCGCCCGCCCGCACCCGGCACGGCAGAAACGGACAGAAAGGAUUUUGGGGCCGUGGCUGCCCUGCCCUGGCCAGCGCCUGCCUCCAAGUGCCUUGCUGCAAGGGGCAGCGUCCAGAUCUCCUCAGCGUGCCCCUGCCCUCGGGGGAGUCUGGCAGCUCCCUCCCUGCGCGCCCCUCUGCCCGCGGGAUGCCGGAGCUCCGGCGCCUCGGCCCGGCCCGUUCCUUGCCUGUGAACCCCUUCUGCUCGCACCCCGAGGGCCCGGCCGGGUGGGCAGGGCUCUGCGGCCCCCCGAGCAUCCCAGCCCUUCCAUUUUUUCACUUUUUUUUUUCCCAGGGAAGCAGGAGAGGGCGCUGGGUCCCCGGCUGAGCCAGCGCUGCUCUGCAGGGAAGGCAGAAAGCCAGCCCAAGGUUGUGGAGGUCUCGGGGAGCCUCCCCACGGAAAGCGCUGCGAGCGGUCACAGACACCGGCAGAACCGGAGCGGUUCGGGUCGGAAGGGACCUUAAAGCCCACCUGGUUCCACCCGUGCCAGGGCAGGGACGCUGCCCCUGUCCCGGGCUGCCCCCAGCCCUGUCCCAGCUGGGAGCGCCGCAGCCACGUCUCCAAGAGGGCCGUGCCACCCCAGAGCAGCUGCCAGCGGGAACAGACCCGCAGUACAAGUUGGUACAAGCAGAGCUCAGAACUUCGCCGGGCCAAGGAGCAAACAAACAAGCGUGAAUGGCACAAUGAGGGCUAUGUCUGCUGGCACAAUGCAGAAUUGCCCCGCAUUAUUUUCACGUCGCCAAUAAAUAAUUGCCUUUAUGUAGAACAAGAAAAGUCAAAGCGAUAUUCAGUGCUGCUGGAGAUGUAAAACUAAUCCUUUAAAAGGCACUUAGGGCUGCAGGAGGCCCUGUAUAACUCCCUCCCUACCUCCUCUCCCUUGCCAGCACUCCUCAGCUUUUCCAGACACUUUCUGGGAUGACAAGUGCAAAGCUAAGUCCCAGCUCCAGACAAAUCUAGAGUAAAACAGUUUAAAAACAUUGGCCCCACCGCAUGGUGCGUACACAAAGGUCUUUCAAAAUGGACAAGGGCAAUAUCCAGGUGAGACAAAAAUAAUGGAUUAAAACUCACCUGGUUUUGACAAAAUAAUCUUUAAAUUUUUGCACCUAAACUUAGGGUGAAAAUCAGGACACCUGCGAGACUCUGACCUGGUGGCACAGGGACAACGGGUGCUCCUGGCAGUGGCCAGGCUCACAGCUGCACACAGGCACAGGCAGGCUGAGCUGCUGCCCUCAGGGCCAGCCCCGGCCCUGGCUGUGCCCCUGGAGGUGGCACUGGCCCCCGGUGCCACUGCCCCAAAGCCACCCCAGGCUGGCAGGGCGGGCUGGCAGCAGCGCCCACGGCUGCCCUGCCUGUGGCACCUCAGCACGAGCUGGGGACAGGCGGUGCUGGCAGAGGGUGGCUGUCGGGCACCAGGACGGACAGACUGCCGAGCAGAGCAGGGGUGGCCACAGCUGUCACUUUUGGUGGCCCCUGCCCUGGCAGUGACACGGCUGCCACGCUGCCAGCUCCUCACAGCACGGCCGGCAGCCAGAGGGGCCCCAGGCAGCUCCAGCCUCCCCCGGGCUCCCCA